UUAUAAACUCCAGAUAAAUAUCUGAGACCAGAACAGAUCUUGGAGCUGAGAAAGAGAAAACCCAGAGGUGUGGGGGAGACUGCAGAAAUCCACUGAAGCCACUCUGCCUUCCUCUCUUGGUGGGACAUAAUGAUGUCUUCCUGGACAACCACCUACCCUGGAAUGCAUGUCACCAUUCCUAAUCCUUGCCCACCAACACAUUCCAAGGCUCUUCAUCAUCAGCAACCUCUGGAUUUUUUAAACGUAGGAAGCCAAGUACAGACUGAGCAACAUUCCUUCAUUACAUCUCCAGGAAUCUUCACUACCAAUCAGCUGGGUCUAGAAAAUGUGCCAAUGGCACAUUCAGGUCCAGGAACAACAGCAACCAAAACCAACUUUAAAGAUGCAACAAUAGCUCUUGGGGCAGUCCAUAUCAUAAUUGGAUUGGUGCACAUUGGCUUUGGAGUUGUUCUUGGGUUGCUGAGUACCCAUUACUACAUGUCUUGGGCAUUUUACUCUAUUGCUUUUAUUGGUGGAUAUCCAUUCUGGGGUGGAGUCUCUUUCAUUGCUUCUGGCUCACUCUCCAUAUCAGCAUUCAAGAAAUUCACUCCCUGUCUGGUAAAAAGCACCCUAAUAAUGAACAUUAUUAGUGCUAUCUUUGCUUUUGCUGGAGUGAUUCUGUUGGUGGCUGAUCUGAACAUCAAUGGCUACCAUUAUCAAAACUACUGGAUGGUACUUUCUGGGAGAGGAAUUGCGGGUGCACUGGCAAUACUUUCAGUAUUGGAGUUCGGCGUAGCAUGUGCCAUGACCCACUUUGCCAACCAAACAAUGCUCCAUGGACAAGGUAACAGGACUGUCCCGACUGCUCCAACGAUGUAUGUGGCCAAUCCCUUGAUGCAAGAGUCUUUCCCAGACCCUCCAAUAUAUGAUAACAUCCCAGCUUAUGCUCCUAGACAAUAACAGGCAUGAAGAAUCGCUGGUACAGUUUCAUACAGUAAAUCUUCUCUGUAAAGAAAAAUUCUUAUGAAGCUGGUUUUUGCUGCCCACAGUGUCUGCAAUUCAAUUAGUGCCUGUAUUUGGAAUUUGUUUAAGGCUAACAGUCACCGGGUCUUCAACGAGGGCCUCUUUUUGCUUACUAUUACUGCAUCUGUUGAAGGGAAAGGACAAGAAAACUAACCCUGCAAUGCUCUUAGCAUUAGAAACCUUCUAUUCAUGUUAUCUUUUCCGCAAUGAAAUGUCAUGGGGAACAUAAGCCUCUUUUGGUAUCUUUCUGACAGACACUAUUGAGACUGAUAUUUCUUAGUUGGAAGUUUACAUAGUGUCCAGUCACUGGAGUUCCUUAGUUAUCUUCCCAUGUUCUGUUCAGAAACCACAGAUCCAGUGUUGCCUGAGGAAGGGCACAUUAUUUUACACAUCAAUAUUGUCACCAACCAGAUGACUGGCAUUUAUAUUUUUAUUUUAUAAAUUACUAUAUAUAUUAAUAUAUAUAAUAUAUUAGAUAUCAUUAUGGAAUUUUGAAGAGUUUGUUCUUAAUUAUCUUUAAUUAAAAUGUAAUUACAUCACUUUCUUUUGCCUUUCUUCCCUACAGCCCCUCCCAAGUUCCCUCCCUCCAACUUUUUCCACGUCUCCACACUCUCAAAUUGGUAGACUCUUUUUUAUUAUUGUUGUUAUAUGACAUGUAUGUAUGUAAUUAUAUAUGUAUGCACAAAUGCAUAAAUAUAAUUGGUUUAGUCUGU